ACGCCUCUUUCAACGUGUCCGGUUGUUUCUCGUUCCUGUUUGCUAUCACUACUCUGCCUAUGUAAAAAUGUGUUCCCCAAUCAGUGUAAUCCUCCCAAGGCAUUUGUCAGGGAAGGCCACAAAAAUAUGGUUCUUUCAGCUUGAGGAAUUUUCGAUAAACGCGUUAUUUAAUUUAUACAAUCGAGAUAGCUUCAAUGUAGUUAAAUUUAAAAAAGUCCCUGAAUAUGAUCUAGGGCCCUAGAGAAUGUGUUCCAAGGAAGCUGAUAUAAAAAAAUCGAAAUUACCAGGGGCUCUAGCCGAAGUGUGAGGUGCAAUCCACAGCUCCUCGAAUAAUAUCGGACACAAAGAAUAAAGACAAAAUUCGUAGAUCUUCUAGAUUCCAGUGAAUUUAAAUAUAUACAUAUGCUUAUGUUUUGAUUCAUAAAUCAGUUUAGAUAAUUUCAUCAACGAAAAACGUAGCAUAGAAUGCUUAAAAAGAUUUGCCUAACAUUUUUAAUACAAUUAUUCACUCGCGUUCACACCAUAAGCCACGGACGCUUAGUAAUUGCUUUAUAAUAGAAAUUUGUUAUGCUGUAUGUAUUUAAAACAUUUUUAGCAGACAGUGAAAUUUCUUACUAACUGAUUGCUCUUUUAUUUACAUACUUUACCCCCGCUUUCCUGAAUUAAAAAUCUAUACACUUAACAAUACACAACCACAUGCCCUCACACACACACAACCGCACACUCGAUAAAUAGGUGGCGCAGUGCUUAUUGAGGGUGUACUCUUUCGCGCCAAAUAUCUGGGUUCCACACAGCUGGUUUGUGAGGGUCAACCUACGAAAUCGACGCGCAUGAUGCAAGCCGAAGAGGCGGUCUCACGCAUAAAGGCUUUGGCACCCGAUGGCGAUGUACAACCUAGCACCGAGGUGGACCUCUUCAUAUCAACCGAAAAAAUAAUGGUACUCAACACAGACCUCAAGGAAAUCAUGAUGGACCAUGCGCUGCGCACCAUCUCCUACAUCGCAGACAUUGGCGAUUUGGUUGUGUUGAUGGCACGCCGCCGCUUCGUGCCGCAGGACAUUGAUGAUGCGCCCAAGCCGAAUCGCACACCCAAAAUGAUCUGCCAUGUAUUCGAGAGUGAUGAAGCGCAAUUCAUAGCACAAUCAAUUGGACAGGCCUUCCAGGUGGCCUACAUGGAGUUCCUUAAAGCAAAUGGAAUUGAGGAUCAUAGUUUUGUCAAGGAAAUGGACUAUCAAGAGGUGCUCAACAGUCAGGAGAUUUUCGGCGAUGAACUGGAAAUUUUCGCCAAAAAGGAGCUGCAGAAGGAAGUGGUCGUUCCUAAGGCAAAGGGCGAGAUAUUGGGUGUAGUGAUUGUGGAGAGCGGUUGGGGUUCAAUGCUGCCAACUGUGGUCAUUGCGAAUCUUAUGUCGUCCGGCGCUGCGGCGCGUUGUGGUCAAUUGAAUAUUGGCGAUCAGUUGAUUGCCAUCAAUGGGCUAAGUUUGGUGGGGCUACCGUUAUCCACGUGUCAAACGUACAUAAAGAAUACCAAAAAUCAAACGGUAGUCAAAUUUACAGUAGUGCCAUGCGCACCUGUAGUCGAGGUUAAAAUCAAACGACCCAAUACCAAGUACCAACUCGGUUUCAGUGUACAAAAUGGUGUGAUUUGCAGUUUGCUACGUGGUGGCAUCGCUGAGCGUGGCGGUGUGCGCGUGGGGCAUCGCAUAAUUGAAAUCAAUAACCAAAGUGUGGUCGCAGUGCCACAUGAGAAGAUCGUCAAUCUGCUAGCGACUUCUGUGGGCGAGAUUCUAAUGAAAACUAUGCCAACAUCAAUGUUCCGAUUACUUACCGGCCAGGAGAAUCCAAUCUAUAUUUAAAGCAAGCGGCUUAAACUGGCUAAAACGUAUACAUACAUAAAUACUUACAACUUUAAAUGAAUACUUAUAUAAACAAGUACUUAUAAAUUAUAUUUAGUUACAAAUCACUUUUAGCAAUUUAAGCGAAACUUCACACCUGUAUUUCCAAAAAAAAAAUAAUAAUAAUACUAAUAAAAAAAUACAUAAAAAAGUUUAAAAGUGGUUAAAUAAACAAAUGUAAAUUACAGUUUGUUAACUAUAUUAAAAUAACAACAACAACAAAUUUAGCAAAUGGAAUUAGCAAACUGUUCAUUAACAUAAAAUUACAUACAUAUAAAUAAAAUGCAUACAUUAGAUGAAGCAAAUUGGCAAAAAUGAAAUGGAGUUGGAAAAAAAAAUACUCAAGGCAUUUCGAACACAGAAAAUUGAGAAUUAAAUAAGUUUAAACAAAAUAGCAAGCUAACUGUAAAUUUUAAGCAUUCACAAAAAUAAGAUGGAAUUAAACGUUGAAAUAAUAAAAAAGAUUAACUAUAAAAUAUAUGUAUGUAUAAAAAAUAAAAACUAUUUCUAUAUAUGUAUGUACUUUACUCAGUUAGCUGCCUAAAAAACUAGCGCUCUCUGCUAUGGCAUUACGCCAAACACAUUCAAACACACACACAUAUGCAAUUGAAUUACAUUUAUAUAUUCGUAAAAAAUAUGCGAUAAAGUAACAAGAACAUGGACAUUAAAGACAAGAACUCGCAUUUUACAUAAAUACAUGCAUACCACUGCGCAGGCAUAUAGCUAAACCAAAACUAAGAAAAAAUAAGUUAGUUAUUAAAAAAA